AUGGGGCUGCGCACCUGCUCCUCCAUGGAAGGUGAGCUCCUUGUCGCCUCGCCUUUCUUCGAGUGGCUCAAGCCGCCGGGUUCGCCGUCCUCCUCGAGAUCGUCGUCGACUUUCUCCUCCUCAUCAUCGUCCAUGGCGUCUGGACCACAUGCGGAGGACGGAGGUGCCGCUCAGGUAGAUGGCAGCAGCGUCGCAUGUUUGCCGCUGCUCCGCAUGCUCGAGGAGGGGAAGGGGGCUGGUGGUGACCAUGAUCACCCUGCACCUGGAGUCAAGGAAGAGAUCAUGGGCAGCGGCGCGGCCGGGGUGCUCGGGCCUGGCGUGGAUCUGAAUAUCGGCUUGCCGGUUGGUGGAUCUUGCGAUGAUGACAUCAUGGAAGAGGAGGGCCAGGAGGAAGAUGAUGACCACGACUGUGACGAAGAGGAGGAGGAGGAGAUAGAUGAGUUGAAACCUGAGCAUGGAGGUUGCAAGGUGGAGGCAGAGGAGAAAGACGAGCACGGCGAGCCAAUGGUCUCGGCAGGAAGAUCAAACAGCGUCAGCAUGCCGGAAUUCGGCAUGGUCGGAGCAGAGGGCGGCGUGCCCAUGGGCUGCGAAUAUUGGAUCCCGACGCCGGCGCAGAUCCUCGUCGGCCCGGUGCAGUUUGUCUGCCACGUCUGUAACAAGAGCUUCAACAGAUAUAAUAACAUGCAGAUGCACAUGUGGGGCCACGGGCGCGAGUACCGCAAGGGCCCGGAGUCGCUCAAGGGCACGCAGACGCUGGCGCUGCUGAAGCUGCCGUGCUACUGCUGCGCCGCCGGGUGCCGGAACAGCGUGGCCCACCCGCGCGCGCGGCCGCUCAAGGACUUCCGCACCCUGCAGACGCACUACAAGCGCAAGCACGGCGCCAGGCCCUUCCGCUGCCGCCGCUGCGCCAAGCCCUUCGCCGUCAAGGGCGACUGGCGCACGCACGAGAAGAACUGCGGCAAGCGCUGGUUCUGCGCCUGCGGCUCCGACUUCAAGCACAAGCGCUCCCUCAACGACCACGUCCGCUCCUUCGGCGGCGACCACCUCCCCGUCGCCCUCGACGGCGCCACCGCCCCCGCCCCCGCCGAGGACCGCCGCAUCAUACGCUUCCAACGGUGA